GUUGAUGCAUUGAAGCUGUUUGUCUUGAUGGUGAAAUCGGAUACAAUGCCUAAUAAGUUUACGUAUUCAAGUGUGUUGGAUGCUUGUGCAGGUUGUUGUUCUCUUCUUGUGGGACAGCAAGUUCAUUCAAGCAUUAUGAAGUUUGGUAUCCCGGAGGACGUGAUUUUGUCUACAUCGCUUGUUGAUAUGUAAGCAAAAUGUGGGGACAUAGAUGCAGCAUUCUAUGUUUUCGAGUCGAUGCAGAGGAAGAAUUUGCCAUCAUGGAAUUCAAUGAUAGGAGGUUAUGGCAGGCAUGGGCUUGGAAAAAGAGCAUUGGAGGAGUUUGAGAGAAUGAAAAAAAUGGGUGUUAAGCCAGAUGAAGUUACAUUUGUUAAUUUGUUAUCUGCAUGUGGACAUGGAGGUUUAGUUGAAGAAGGUGAAAAACACUUUGAUUCCAUGGAGACAAAGCAUGGAAUCCAAGCUGAGGCAGAGCAUUAUGCUUGUAUGGUGGACCUCUAUGGCAGAGCUGGUCAACUGGACAAAGCAGAGAAAUUGAUAAAAGAAAUGCCAUUUGAGGGUGACGUGGUAAUUUGGGGUGCAUUACUUGGAGGUUGUGGCCUUCAUUCAAAUAUAAAGCUGGGGGAGUUGGCUGCAGAGGGAAUUUCCCGACUUGAAAAAGACCACCCUGCAGUGUAUUCAAUGCUGACCAGGAUUCAUGGUGAAAACGGGGCAUGGAAUAUUGUUGUUAAGUUGAGAAAAAUGCUGAAUGAGAAGCGCGUUCGCAAGCAGAAGGCAGGUAGUUGGGUCGAAUCUCCUUUUCUUGAAAUGUAGAACACCAAUGCGCACUGCUCCAUUCCAAGGAGAAUGCGACAUCGCAUCUACUAUUUGCGAAGUCAUACUUUUUACUUGCAUUCUAUUGGUGCUUGUAAUAAAAUUACCAAAGUAAUGAAGUCUUACUUUCU